UGUACAGCGGACAGGAGUGGUAUACAAUCGCGUCUUGUCGAUCAUGUCCAGAGACACUUGACAACAGUCACCUUCAAGGAGGAUCCUUCCAUGGAGUCGAGGCAGCUGAUCAUGGGCUCACCAUUCUCUCCAGGGCCAGCUAUUUGGAUUCAAGGAGUGGUUAUAGGAGGGAAUUGGAGAGAUAGGGGCACGCCUAACGUGUCAUUCACGCUAGACGGGAUCGAGAGUCCGAUGCAGACAGUUGAAACAAAUGAUCAGGACAACAUAUUAUACAAUGUGACAUUGUUUCAAGCCUCAAACCUUUCAAACAAGGAACAUACGCUCUGUAUACAAACUCACGACAAUUCCUCCUUCCUCCUUGACUCCAUUACAUACACCUCAACGUCUUCACUGGCGGCAGCUGUUAACGAGACGACUGCUACAAUUACCGACUCCCCCGAAAGCACCUUUCCUUACAGCGAGCUACCGCCGAGUCAAUCACCCAAUGCAGAGUCGUCGGGCUCCUCAUCCUUAGACGAAGUCGAAGAAAAAAUGGAUCUCGAGGUAGUUCAGGGAGACGAAGAGGUACUGCAGGAAGGAAGCCUAAACCAAGUG